UCUCUGCAUCGCAACACAGUAUGGGAUAGUCUUGGCAAGCAAGUUCCUCCGUUUCAUCGCCGUCUACUGUGUGAGUAGGAUCUUGCUAUGUUGCUACUUCACUUUCAGGAUCUCAAACGCUGACUCUUCGGUGCCAAACUCAUCAACGAGACAGUUUGUUCUGCAUCUUGAAGGAGAGGAGGAGCUGGUGGAUUUCAUGGCACGGAGCAACCGUGAGGCCACAAACCACUUGAUACAAAAGGGUCGCAAGAAACAGCCUGUAAACUUGAUAGAGCUCUUGGAGGCAACAAAUCCCAUCUCAAAAGGCUUUGAAGGGAUUAGAGAUUUUGACAGCGACGAGGUUGCUUCUCUAGCCUCUGGAGAGCCACCUAAUUCAUGGGCCCUUCCAUUAGUAACGCUGACGAGCAUCGCUGUUGCUCUUCCCAACAUAAAGCCUUGCUCUCUCAAGAAGCUAGUGAAGGCUGUAAACGAGGCUUUAGUCUAUGUCAAAAAGUUCGAAGAGGUCUUAGACAUUGAAGGAGAGUUAGUUAACAGCAGGAAAGCCGCAGAGGUGGUUUGGUUAGGAGUUGAUCUAUACCAUAAGUGGCUCAACGUGGAUCUUCGAAAACUAUCCAAGCAACAGAGAACAAGACCGCAAGAAGUUUUUCAAGAACUGGUGGAGAUAGCGAAGAAAGAGUUUAACGAGUCGUGGGAGAAGAACCUGAUGCAGAAGCCCUCGCGCUGGCCCAUCAAGACGCAAGCAGCAAAUUCCAUGUACCGAAUCAGCCAAACCCUUUGGAAGAAGUACGAGUCAAGAAACGUCGGAAGAGAGGAGGAGACUCUGUUGAGAGAGGUGGAGAGGAUGGUGUCGGACAUAGUAGCGGGAUGCUUUUGCAACACGGCAAGAGUGGUGGGGAUGAAGUGUUUGGUGACGGCGGUGGAAGUGAGGGAAGCGUCGGUGAGAGAAGCGGCGAUGCAUCUGGGGAGAACGGAGAAGAUACUUGAGAUCGUGGACAGGAGAUGCAUACCUGCUUUGUCUCACCUCAAAGUGGCUGACAUGGAUGGAUGGAGAGAGUUUUAUAGGACCAACCAACGAAUCUCUUCCACUACACAUCCUUCGUCUCAGUGUACCACACGUCAGCUCAUUCUCACCAUAGAGUAG